GCGGGCCCGCGCACGCGCCGCGGGCGGAGGUCCGUGAGGAGGCGAGCUACGCGCCCUGGCGGCGUGGCUGUUCCCUGCUGCCGCGGUUUGGGAGCAGAGGCCGGAGGGGACUGGAGCGCGAAGUCCGGGGGGCAGGCCCGGAGGUGCGCGGCCCUCCAGGGAACUGAGGCAGUCAGGCGGAGGUGCGCGGGUAGAACAGCGGUGGAAGAAGGCUGUCGGGGGCGCGUCCGCCUUCCGUUGCAGGGGACCGAAGCGCAAGGGGAGGGAGAAGGAAACAGCCGGAGUCUGAGGCCGGGACCGGAAGGACGGCGUGGGAGUCGCGCGGGCUCGCGGCCGGAAGCGCCGCAGGACGGAGAAUAGGGCCGAGAGCUGUUUGAAGUGGUGAUGGUCAGGAACUGUUCGAAAUCUAGUGGAAGGCGCCGGACCACAGGUCAAAGACUUGGGCUAAGGAAGCGCAGGCAGGUGACGGAAAAAAGAAACCCUGUAGUUAGUUAGAUAGAUAGAUGAUAGAUAGAGAGAGAGAUAUUCGGACUCCUGAAAGCCCCCACGUGAGAGAGAGCCGCGGCGGUAGCCGGGGGACUUUCCGUACGCGGCGGGAGCAAAGCCCGGCGCUGGGCGCUCAGGCGGCAUGCAGCGGGAGGCUUUGAGAUGUCGCGGUUCUUGGUUCUGAAGGCGACGUGCCACCUCUCUUGAGCUCGCAGAUGGAGGGUGAGGCGGAGCGCUGUCCUCUGGGUGUGUUUACGUGCCAGCUCUGUGCCCUGACAGCUCCGUACAGCUACGUGGGGCAGAAGCCCCCUGACACCCACUCUGUCAUCCUCCUGGAGGAGAGUUACAUCAUGAAGGACCCAUUCACCUCAGACAAGGACAGGUUCCUGGUCCUUGGCUCAAAGUGCAGUUUGUGCAGCCGGCUGGUGUGCGUGGGCCCGGAAUGCAGUUUAUUCUACUCCAAGAGGUUUUGCCUCCCCUGUGUCCAGGAAAACAUGGAUGCCUUCCCUCAGGAAAUCCGGCAAGACUUGGAGAAAAGGAAAACUCCAUCAAAGAGGCCGGCCAGCCAGCCUGGCUCUCGGACAUGAGUGCGGCUGGGUGCCAGGUUGGCAUUAGCACCUAGCACAGAGCUUCUGGGCUGGCAGGGUCCCUGAAGCCUGGGUCAGGGAUGGGGCUGAGUUGGGAACUAUCGUACCCUGCCUUGUUCCGGGGCAGGCAGGAGCAGCGUGUGCAGCUGGAGCGAGCUGGGGCCCAGCCUGCAGCAGGAAGGUGAUCGGGAGUCGGGCAGAGAAGGCACUCAAAAGGCAGGCCUUGGACCAGAUAUCCUGCAGACCUAACCGUGUCCAGAGCCCCCUUGAUGCUGAGACUGCAGGGCAAGAACUGAGAAAUGGCUCAGAACUGGCACAAAGGGAAGUCGAGGCUGGGCCUGCUGGCCCUUCUGCUCUCCCCCUGGACCUGGGGCUCUAGGCCUUCCCGCAGGGUCAUCCCCUGGCUCCUGCUUACACACGGCUGGACCUGGAAGGCCCUUGUGCCCUUCGCAUGAUUCAUCAGAUCCAGGAGUGCCUCCAGGUGACAUGCUACUCUGCCUGGCCCUGAGGACACAGGAGCGAAGGGACAAAGCCCACUGUCCUGGUCUAGUGUGAGGAGGCCCUCUGGUCACGCUGGGUGGUCAUGCUGUCCGUGCUUAUGCGGAGGCAGGACGGCUGGGGUGGGGACUCCUGUCUUCCCCAUCCUGGGGAGUGAGUGUUCAUGCGGUGAAGAUGUCACUCUUUGGGACGGUUCACAGGGAGGUGACCUGUGGGAAGGUGCCUGAGGUGUGUGGGGAGCUGCAGGCGUGAUUGGGGGUCUGGGGGCAGUGGAAUUUUAUUUCACACCCUCGUGCUUGGAAAACGUUUUAAAUCUUGGCCAUGUGUUAGAUCCAUAAUUAAAUACCCAAAGAACCGGUUAAUUUUUUGAAAAGUAAUCCUUCCCUGGAAACAUUUGCGAGGCAGAUGUUCUCCUUGGUACCCUGGAUCUGGCAUUGGUUGGGGGCUGGGGUGUUGCCACGUGCAGCCUCUUCCAUCCUAUCUGUCCCGCGGGCUCCGGCUCUGGCCCCUAUAGGCCCAGUCCCAUUCCAAGGUAGAGCAAUGCCCUUCCCCUGUCUUCCCUUCCCUCGUGCAGGGGCUCACAGCUUGAGGUGCUGGCUUGCCCCUUUCCAUGGGGGACCCUGCACCAGCCUUGCAGGCUACUGUAGGCGGCCCUGGGGCACUCCUCCCCCACGGGCACCCCUCCUGCGGGCUCCCCUGCCCCCGUGGCCCCAUGCCGUGGGGGACACACUGAAUGGCUCGUUGGCCUCUGUCUGCUGGCUCUCAGGGCUGGAGCGGCUCUGUCUUCACCUGUAACUACUGGGAGGCCAGCUGAUGCUGCCCCCGGGGCGGGGGGGGGAGGGCAGACAUGCAUUUGAGGAGAGAAUGAAGAAAGAGCUUUUAUUGGCUGAUGUGUGCACUGGGUUUUAUUUCCUGAUGCUUCCCCUGCAUCACAUUACUUUAGACAAAUGGCUGUCAUUUUGGGGCCACAAUGUCCUAGGUCCAUUCGAACCGAAGGACAAAAGGACUAGAGGUGAAGACCCCUGGGGGAGUGGGGCGGGGGCUGCUCUGGGCUGAGGGCAGACGCUAUAGCCGGGGAUUUUCAAGCCCAAUGUUCAUCCUACGGCAUCACUCAGAACUCACCAACCAAUUUUAAAAAAGAGUUUUAUUUUUUAAAACCAUUAAGGCAACACUAUACCCUGAAAUUAACUCCUUACAUUCAUCAGUCUUACAGUAGGACAUUCCAAACCUGUACAUUCCCAUAAAUUCAGGAUAUUAAUCAACAUACGUGAUCAAUUCAAUCUCCUAGCAGGAAACAGAAUAAGACCGAAGAUUUUUUAAAAAUUAAAGUUACAGUCAUUUUCUAAUUGCUUGGAACCGCUAUUGGUUAAUGUGACUCGGAAGAUUCCAUUUGCUCUUCUGUGCACACCCCUGUUCCCUGAGGCCCUGGAUGGAUGCCCUCCUCUCCAGACCCAGAGAGAGAACCCCAGAACCUGCUCUAAAAGAUCUGCUUUGGAACUGCUCCUGUUUAGUAUGAAGACGAGGGGUCUGUCAGCCCCUGAAUACUUGGGAGAGUAUAAGGCACCAGAGUGGUAACAAACACACCAAGAAACCAAGCUCAGUCUUGCUUUGGAAAUCGGCAUCCAUCUGAUGUUCUGACAUGUGUCAGUCAGACACUCUCAGUGCCAUGGCCCUGUGGACAUCAAGAAGUUCUGCCGAGAUACUGCGAACGACCCACAGGAGCCUCACGGGGUCUGUGGUUUCCAUUGUAUGCUUCGGGCUGGGCCAUCUGGGGGCUGCCAGAGAACCAGCGGUGCAAAUAUCCCACCCGAAGAUUUCAGAUUGCCUGAGUGCUUUGGUAAUAACCCACAGGUAAUAAUUUCCUGAAGAACAGACCGUGACCCACGACCCAGGAAUAGUUCAGGUCUUCAGCAGGACACUGCUGGGAGCAGUAAGUGACUCUGGACCUGGGUCUCUGGCCCCCUUGCCAGAAGAGACGGUGAAAACAAACUCGCUUGUACUCGCAUGUGACUCAUGACGAAGGGAACAGAUUUACACGGGGAAAUAAAAUUCUGCAUGGCUUGGGAGAGACAAAAA